ACAUAAAACAUACUGAAGUUAGAUGCGAAAAAAGUAGUUGAAUUGUCGUUUAGGAUUCAACACUAUCGGAAAUGUCAAGUUCGGAAGAAGAUAUACUAAAGCCGUGUUUGCCGGUUGGAGAUGUUGAAAUGGAAGAAAACGAUGAAAGUGUUUAUGCGUCGACCAGUAGCGGUUACCUAAAAUUUGUUCAGUGCGUGACCGAUAAUGAGAUAAAAUGUUUUUCUUUAAAUGAGCUAAACUUUCAGAGAAGAAAGGAAAAAAUGCCCAAAAGUAGUGGUAGCAAAGAGGAAAAAGGAAGCUAAAGUAAAACAAACAGUAUUUUAUACAUCAUCUGAGGAUGAUGGCUUAAUACCAGCUCCUGAUGGUCUUGGAUCACCUACCGACUGGCAAGACUAUGUUUUAAAGCAUUUUGAUAGUCUCAGAGAACGAAUGUGCGACGUAAGACUACAAAGAAAGCCUUCGAAAAGCGGUAUUAAGAAUUUAUCCGAAAGGGAUUGCUGCCAAUUUUGUCUAGGGACGGAUUCCCCAGAGGAAGAGAAUCCUGAAACUGCUCAACAACCGUCAUUUAACAUUUUACUUACACUCAACGCCGCUAAGAUUAACUACUUUCUCAGUGUAUUCGCCGAUUGGCUGGACGAUUAUGAAUUGACCUCUUUAAAAUCAAAAUGGUUAUACGCAUUUCUAAUCGCAAUAGAAACACCGCUAGUUCCUCACGUCUGUCACGAUUUAAGAAGAAUUGCAAGAGGUUGCGCUCGACAUCGAUCGACUUGUACGAUAGACUCUGAAUUCUUAGCUCAGUAUAAUCUGUUUAUUACCAUAGUUACCAGAUAUUUCGGACAAUUUGAUUUGAUUGGCUAGUAUAUUUUAAUUUAUUUGCUAAAUUAAUACAAUUUUUAUUUACUUUGCUAUGGUUCAUGCUCGAUUGUUUUAAAAGCUGAAUGUAAAUCAUAAAAUAGAAGCUUUCGUUUAAUAGGAUAAGGUAGAGGUUGGAGGUUAAUCUUCUUGCGGACUUUAGGUUUUAGUGCCUGACGUAGUUUGUUCGCUGAUAAACAUAAAAGUGUUGGAACAACCUGUCGAAAGACAGAGGUAGCUCCGGCUUCUACUAGUAGAUCAACGAUUGGCUCGAAUUGUAGAGCUCUUGCUAGAUCAAGAGCAUGUACGGGUUUAUCCGAUAUGUUCAUAAUUGUUCCCGACACACAAGCGUUGACAUUGCAGCCUUCCUGAACUAGCCUCAAAGCUGUUAGAGGUUGACAGGCAAUUAUAGCUAAUAUCAAAGGAGUUCUAUUGUCUCCAUCGAGAACGUCAACGUUCGCUCCGUUUUCUAAAAGUUCUUCUACUGUUUCUACAAAGCCUCUCUGAGACGCUUGAUGAAGCGGAGUAAACUUCCAUAGAGUACUAUCCUGCUUAUUUACGUCUAAUCCAGCGUCAACUAAGCGUUUAAUAAUUUUGAAAACACCAUUUUCCGCAGCUAAAUGUAAACAAGUUUUUCCAGUAUCGUCCUCAAUAUUGACUUUACUCUUCUUUAAUAGAGCCGUCACUAAUUCAACCUCACUCAUCGCUGCCGCCAGAUGCAGUGCCGUCUGUUGACGUUGGCCAGCCCUAAGGUCGACGUCGAUUUCGUCGAUUUCUAUUAGCUUGCGCGCUAAAUCGAAGUGCUUCGUUUGAAUGGCGUAAUAAAUUAGGGGCUCACUAUUAACAAGUCCCGGGAAGUAUUUAAUUAUUAACGAAACACAUCCGUUCAAGCCUGAUUUAGUAGCUAAUGAUAAAGGUGUUCCAUUUACGCUCCGUUGGCUAAAAUCAGCAUUAUAUAUUAUAAGUCUCCUUAAAACAUUUUCCGCAUUUUCGUUAUCACCCAAAAGCGAAUAAUGGAUACAAUUCAUAUCUGAUUUACAAACGAUGGAAAUGUCGCAGCCUUUUUGUAUCAAAAAAUCGAGAGCAUCUAUUCUACCAAGUUCUGCGGCAAACAUUAAAAGCGUCUUUCCAUCAUCGUCUUGUUCAUUGAGAUCAAGUUUCGAAUUCGAGUUUUCCACUAAAUCCACGAAUUUAGAGAAAUUAUCGGCCAAUAGUUUC